AUGACUACUCCAUUUGACGACUCAUCAGACGAAGACACACUUUUGCCAGAAUCGUCAAGUCCUAAAUGUGAGGAGGAUGAAGACGACGACUUUUUUGAACAAAGCGACUUGUCACCUUUUAGAGAUUCCGACAACAACCACGACGAUGGCAUCUUCAAACGACAAAAGCAAAUCAUUUACACUUACAGUAGGAGAAUGUCCAUUAGGGGAGCCCUGCAAGAAUCCAAAAAAUUAUACGAGAAAAUAAAAACUGAAAGUGAUGUGGAGAUCAAAGAUGAGGAGGCUGACGAAGAUUUAGUCAUAGAGAACGAAACUGUCCGACCUGUCUCCAGCGAACAAGUUCCUGCAACUGAUCCAGAUCGCAAGCGUUGUCCAUAUUGUGCCGCUGAAUUUGAGUCGGGCAUUGGACUGUCCAAUCAUAUUCGAGGGCAUCUUCAUAGAAUUGGACUCAAUCACAAAGCUCGUCACAAUCCGGUCUCAACCACCGAUGAAAAGCUACACAUUGGACAAGGAAUAACGCUAAUGAAGAAAAAAGCAGAACUGGAGGAGGACAUUGACUCUCUGACUUUGAAGAAAGUCCACAAAUGUCCAUUGUGUGGGGAUUCGUUUGACAACAGAACAGGGCAGGCCAACCACAUUCGAGGCCAUCUCAAAAAGCUUGGAAAAGGUGUUACAUCCAAACUUAAAUCUCCCAUACUUCUACUUCGGGAGUUGAUGCGAGACAAGAAGGAGUACCAGAGGGCUCUUGAAAUCAUCGGAAAAAACAAUUAUGUCCAGCACAAACCAUCAUCCAAACUGUCUGACUUUCGAACUUUUACACCUCGCUCCAUAGACUAUGUGAAAGAUGAGAGCUUUGACAACAAACCACUUGCACCCAAGCUCUCGUUGCAUAUUUCUGAAAAAGACGAGCUAGAGACAAAUUCGGACAUAAAAAACAACUCGGCUUUGAUAGGAAUUCUAAAGAAGAGGAAGUGUCAGGAAGACGGCGACCAAUAUUCAGGAUCAAGACUUCUAUCAUCACUGCCACAUUCUUUAUCAGAGAAAGAUGGAUUCAGAAGAAAGAGUUGCAUGCACUGUAACGCAUCGUUCCACAGUGGAGUCAGCCUCUCCAACCAUCUCCGAGCGUGUGGCCGCCGCAAGAAGAACGGCCUUCUUGAUGCGACCGCACAUGAUGGUAAAAUUAGAAGACAACAAAUGAGGCCAGUUCCAAAGAAGAAAAUCCUGCCCCUCUCUCAAACCCCAGAGGAGAAGUACCGACUCACGUGCAGGUUCUGUGACCUGGUGUUCCAGGGCCCUCUGUCCGUCCAGGAGGACUGGGUCAAGCACUUACAAAGACACAUAAUGAACACCAGUGUGCCGAACACCGGCCUGGCCAUGGUGGAGGUCAGAUCUGCGCCCAAAGACCUCUCCACCAGGAAAGAUGAAGACGGCAGCACCAGCGCCCCCUGCUGA